GGCGGGCGGGGGGGGGGCUGUCAGCGGCGGCGCAGGGCUGCGGGCGAGGGGCGGAGCGGAGAGACCCUGUGUCUACCAUGACCGCCUCCCCCUCCUCGCAGCCUCCCUUAAAUACUAUGGGGCGGCCGUAGCUGUGGUGGGUGUUGUUGCCGAGCGCACCAUGCGGGCUGUCAUCGCCUUGGCCGCGGCGUUGGGCAGCUUGCUGCUCGGCGGCUGUCUCCUGCGGCUGGGUGGCCAGCAGCCCCUCCGCGCCAGGGGCUGGGAGCAGGACGCGGGGGUAGCUGCUGUCACGCCGAAAGUGGUGCGAGCCCUCCGGCCGCCCCUAACGCCCCUUCCGCGGACCGAGAACAGAACAGCUGUUAAUAAAAAUGGAAUUUACCAGUUCGAACAGGCUUCAAAAUGUAAGGCAAUUCAGGACAACAUUUUGUCAUCAUCUACCAAGAAGAAAAGAUAUACAGAAGACUAUUAUCUUCACAUAGUCACAAAACUGCAGAACUGCACCUGGAUAAGGAGACCAGAAGAAUCUAUGAAAUUCAGAUCAGAAUUAGCUUCCUGCUGUGAUGCAGUUCACAAUUUUAUUGCUUCUCAAAACAACAGCCCACUGGGAAGUAACAUGAGUUAUGAAGUGGACAGUAAAAAGACCAUCCUCAUUACAGAGGACAUUUUUAAGAUGCUGCCUGUGUCCUCUCCUCUUUCAGUCUAUCCGUUCAAGACCUGUGCCGUGGUUGGAAAUGGGGGCAUUCUGAAAAAUUCCAGCUGUGGAGCUGAAAUCGAUCGUUCUGACUUUGUGUUUAGGUGUAACCUCCCUCCAACCGUGGGAAGCAUUAGCAAAGAUGUUGGCAAUAAAACAAACCUUGUGACUGUUAAUCCGAGUAUCAUAGCUCAGAAGUACAACAAACUAAAUGAAAAGAAGGCUGAAUUUCUGGAGAACAUUGCAGUCUAUGGAGAUGCUUUGCUUUUAUUGCCAGCGUUUUCCUUCAGAAGCAACACAGCCACUUCUUUUAAAGUGUAUCACACUCUGCAAGAGUUCAAAGCAACCCAGAGGGCAAUAUUUUUUCACCCCAGUUACCUGAAAAGUCUUGCCCAGUUCUGGAGAACUAAGGGUGUAAAAGCCUACCGGUUGUCAUCUGGUUUUAUGAUCACUAGUGCUGCUCUUGAGCUCUGUGAGAAUGUGAAGCUCUAUGGUUUCUGGCCUUUCUCAAAAUCCAUGGAGAAGAUGCCAAUCAGCCAUCACUAUUAUGACAACCAGCUGCCUAAACCAGGUUUCCAUGCAAUGCCCAAAGAGUACAACCAGAUUCUUCAGCUUCAUGGCAAAGGCAUUUUGAAGUUGCAGUUUGGUAAAUGUGAAUCAGACUAAAAAGGUCCAGUUCAGCUGCAAAUGAGAACAGUGAACUAGGUUCUAUGCUGCAAUCCCUGGAGUCUUGGUAGGACAUGACUUUGCACACGUUCCUGCAAUCCCAGCUCUCUAUCUCGGCUGACAUACAAGAUGGACCAUUCAUUAGAAAAAUGAUAGGUACCAAACCCAUCAUUUCUCCUAUUGCUUUUUCACCAACCAUAGCUCGGACCAAUAUGUGACUACAGAUAAGGAAACUGCAUUAAGCAUUAUUAGAAGAAUGUUGCUUAUACAGUUGACCCCAAGUUCUUCUUCUGUACCAGAACAUAUGAGAACAGACCCUACAGUCCCUGAAUUUAAAACCCAUGCAGUUCUUGUGCUUUAAGUUUUCAGAUGGUCCAAGAAUACCCAGGGAGCAACAUCCUGUGACUAGAGAAAGUGACGUAUCAGCCCAGUGGAAAGAAUCACAUUAACAUUUACAGGAGCUACCAUGAGCAAUUGUUGCCCUAGCUGUGGCUGCUUGUAUGUUAUUGCUGAUAUGUUUUCCUGCAGAAGAAAAACCCAACUAAACAAAAAAUUGUGAUAACAGCUACUGUAACCUCAGUUUCAGUAGCUUUUCUGAGAGUCUUUUGAAAGAUCAGUUCAAACAUAGUGUCCUUCUUCUUCUUUUUACAGAUACUGUCAUAUAUUUUGUUUACUAAAACUCAUUUUGCCACCGUAGCAUUAAUUCCCCAAUCAACUGGUUUAAAGAGCAUUGAAUAUUCCACUCAUUGAGGAUUAUAUCUGUAAAACAAAAAUCCUACUUGAAUCAAACCUUAUAAGGUUAAAAAAUGUUUUAAAGUGAUACUUCAUAAAAGCAUUUCUGUGUUGCAGUAUUUGCAAGCUUAACUUGCAGCAGUUUUAUAAUAACAUAAAUAGUCCUGAAAGUUUUAGAAUCAAUCAGUAUGGGUGCCGGUCUUUUAGUUGAGACACGUUCAGCAUCGUGAUCCAUUUCCAAGGUAAUGAUAUCGGAAUCCAAUACUACUCCUAUCCAAGGAGAAGCAUCCGUAAUUCCUGGCUGUAACCACCAGCAAUAAAGUAAUUUUUUUUUAAAUAAGGUUUUUAAAAAGUUGAUGGUGUUUUGGGGCAUUGAAUGGCACUGCUAAUACAUGGGUGGACCUCUGAAUAUCAAUAGGGCUCUUAAUGGAAACAAAGUCGAUGAGUACAUCUGUGUUACCAGCUGGUGACUGAAAGAGGCGAGCACAAGGGUUUGAUUUACUGUGAUCUGUUAUGGUUCCAUCACCACACAUCCACAUUUUAUCUUCACCAGCAGUGAAAUUUGUGCCAGUUUCUGGCCAUAGGCAUCUGCUGCUCAUGUGUAGAGAGCUGGCAGCUGCAAGACCCUGCAUCCAUGUUGUGAGUGAUUAGGCGUGAUUGCCUACUGCAAGUCCUAGUUGUAGAUCAAAAAUAAAUGCGCUCCCAGAAGAGCUCCUCCUACACCAUGGGAUACCUAUCACUCACAUAGGCUAUCCCAGAGUGUUGGUAGCUGGAAGCUGUGCAAUGUGACAUAGUUGUUCUUUGGGUGAUGCAAACAAUUUGAGGAGAACCACAUCCUAUUUUAUCCAGAGAGACAAAGAUGCCCCUCUGUCUAGGCAAGGACUGUGACUUGUUCCAGUCUAGCACAGUGCAAUGAGAUGGCUGUGUAGAAGCUACAUGGUUUGAUUUGGAAAAAUUCAUACAUCUUUUAGAGUCUGAGGAUCCUUCAUUGUAUCCAGAACAAUAGUAAAAGUGCUUUGUGUGCACGUAGAGAUGAUGCAAAGGGUGUCAUUCGUUGCUCAGAUUAAAUUCAAUGAGCUACUCAGUGGCUGAAGCGGCAAAACCUGUUUGUGUGUAAGCAGAAGAUGUAGAGAGGAGAAAAUGAAAUGUAUUUGCAAUGGAGAAGCAGUUUCUUUCAGUAGCGUUUAUUAGUUAGUUUUGAGUGUACUCCAUUAUCUCAGUGAAUACAUCUGUACAGAGUACCAUGACACAUCAUGAAGUCAUUGUGUGUCUGGACCAUUUCUGUGCAGCCAUGUUAUUUAUAACAUACAUGUACUAGUUACUGGAAAGGUUAUUGGAGUACAUUUUUAAAAAGGUUUAGCUAAAGGAAAAAACUAUUCUAGUUUCCUUAACAGAAAGAGGUCUUAAUUGAAGGAGUGUGAUGUCACACUCACAAAUGAGAGCAAAUGGAAGGCUCUGUAACGUGGACAGACACUAUGACUUUUUAGCGCUAUUUAAACUUGUCAUUGACCUGAAGACCUGAAUCUCUGUGCUCUCAGAGCUCUCAGUGAUUUGUGUGGUGCACAGGGCUAACAAGAAAUGUGUGGAGGAAUUGUUAACAUUUCCUACCCUUUCCCACAAAUACUCUUAACUCCUCGUAAAAUUAAAAUAUGCUCUAUUAGACUUUAAAUUAAGAACCUGUUUUUAAUGUAGCUUUCUCGGGCCUUGCUCCAGACGUGAAGUUCCAAUUAGAUGCUAGUUGCAUCCACUUCACUCCACAGGAGUGCAGACCUUGUAUUGGGCUUUAUUACAGCUAUUGCUGCUGUGUGCUUGGUGGCUAGGUCAUGUUAAUUUGUGCACAGACCGGGCAACCUAAUAGUGGUGUUUCUGCGUGACAGGUUAUAGUGAGAUUGAUCAAGACUUGGUGAAGUACACUCACUGUAGGAAAGGGUGUUUUUCCAGGUAGCCAAAUAAAUUCUUUAUUUGACAUCUACGAUUUCUCAUUGAUUUUACAUCUGUGCCAAGUUAAUGAUGAGUAAAUGGAUCUCGAAUCCAUUCUCUAGCUGGGAAUGUGUAUGACACUUGCAAGACUCAGCCAAGUGCAGCUUUCAUGAAGGAUUCAUGACCAAAGGUUAGGAAGGGCCUUUCAGUUCCCUCUACUUCACAUGAGGAAUAAUAAUUUUAGGGUUUGUGGGCCUCCAAUCUGUCACAUGCUGUGGAAAGAAUAUUGAGAUUAAAUAGUUUUCUAAACAUAGAAACACUGACAACGUGCUAAUAGUUCCAGUGUACCUUUGCAGAGGCUGACAGUGUCCUUGCACAUGACUGCUUUACAGCAUCGUUAGAUUAACGCCUGCUUGGCUGCUUUUAUUCAUUUUUCUCCUCUGAAUCUUUAAUCUUCCUUUAGGAUCUAGUGCUGCCUCAAGCUGGUUAUUUCUCUUCCCUCCAUAGGGCGUUAUGUAGUCCUGUUUAGUGUUUGUUAGGGAGUUUGUAUGGCUAUGAAUCAAAUGCUGCUAUGCUUGCAGCAUAGUAAAGCAUACUUUAAAUGAUUCAGUUUACAGCUCAAGGAAAGCACAGCAUGGUGAGAUACUCACAUUGCAUAACUGGAGGUGCUAAAAUUGGGCUGUAGCUCCAUAGUGGCUUUAGCUGUAAUGGCUGGCUCACAGUCCAAUCCUCAUUCUUGCUCGGCACCACUUCCUUCAUGCCGUCUUUGGCUCCUGUCUGAUCCUACACUGAGCUGUUUUGGCACACUGAGCUGGGAAAAAACUGACAUGGUGGAAAAUCGGUGCAUGCCAACAGAGCCAGGGGAAUUUCAGAGUCAAAGCCAAGGAGGUGGUGAGAGCAUACAGGUGGGGCUGUAUGGACAUAUUUAGGUGUCAUUUGUUCUCUGACAGCUCUUGGAUAGGCCCAACAGUCCCCUGAAACCUUGGUCAAGUCCAGAAGGUGUCAUCUCUGGGGAGAGAAGGGCUCCUGCAAGGGGAAAUCAUAUCAUGGUGGCUGCUCUGGUGGGCAGGAGCCCCGUCUCUUCCUGUGGUGACAGAAACCAGUUAGGAACUCUAUGUACCUGCACUGUUAAUGAUUGCUCCCUCUUCUCUCUUUCCCAUUACAGUUAUUUUAACAAGCUGUUCACCAUCAGCAGGUUCAGGAAUUAUAACUGUAAAAGAAAAACACCUUUUGUCUGUAAAUAUUGUUUCUCAGGUCACUAACAGUAAACUUGCAUACACCUGCUCAUUAUUCAGCAUGCCUGUGCUUUCAGUCUGCUAAUCCCAGCAUGUCCAACAGCAUCUGCAGAGAACAGAGCUGCGCAGGGUCUGGUGAUUUUGAGACCAGUUAAUCUCACUUGGAUUCUCUGUACAGUAGUGAGAUUUCUGACAUAUUGCCGUGCAUGAGUCAGGGUGAAAUUCUCUGUCCUGUGUGAUUCAGGAAAAUAAACCAAUCAUUUAGGUGGCCUGGCACCUUCUGUGGGCUCCACAAGUUACUAGUAAAAUAUUCCUGUUGUUAUGUAUUAUUUGAUUUUAUCCUGUGCAGGUAUCUGGAUUGGUUAAGUAGUCUGGGUUAAUUGAUCACUUAGACCUUAGGCCUGCACAGACUGUAGUGAAGCUACAGCCUGAGUUGGCAGUCUAGGUUUAAAAACCCUAGGUUUGACCUGGAGAUCUUUCUGUGUCCUGUUAUUCACUCUCAUGUGACAAAUCUGGGGAGUGAGAUCCUGAACAUCUGUGCAGUAGCCUCUCCAGAGACUCUCAGGUCCACAAAGCACACAUCCACUUACAUGUAUAUAUAGGAGUCUGCGAGAGUUCAAGCCCAAAGAAUAUUUUGGCAAGUGCUUUAUUCUGAAAGAGCUUUAUUUCAGACAGCUGAUAGCCACUUGUUGCACGCUCCAGAGCAGCAGACUUUGUAUACAAGAAGUUUUUAGUAUAUAUAUAUAUUCAUGGCUAGGUAAUCCUUCAUCUUGUGGUACUUCAGCAGCUGAUCUCUUUCAUCUCUAGGUCUGCUAGCCGAGAACAGUGACAAAGGGAUAUGUAUUUACACAUAUAAAGCCUGGCCCUCUUGAUUUUGAAUUCAGUCAUUUUAGGCAGGAACAUCAUCCUUCUCUGAGUUUCUGAAUUUCAAAGGCUGCUGAUCUCUCAGGGUACUGUGAAAAAAUCAUUUUGGCCUUUCAGCCACAGCACAAAUGACUGGGCAGAUUUAUAUCUAUUAAGCUUUGUUCCAGAUUUUCAUAAAGUAUUUCUUAAUUGGCUCUAAAUUAUCAUACUGGUCUAGUAGAGCAUGAAACAAUCUGCAGCAUGCCACUAAACAGAGGAGCUAUUGCAGUUGCUUAGUGGUCUCCUUUCAUAAAGUAGCAUUUCAGAAUACAUCCUAUCUAGGGAACACUGGCUCACCCGAGGAAUGACCCUGGGGCCAGCUGGGGUAGCAGCCUGUCAGUGCGCUCUCGGUGUCCAGCAAGUUGAAGCACUGUGACGAGAGCUUAACACAAUGGGAGUCCACCAGCUUGGGGUCGCUGUAGACCGAGGAGUAACCUUCAUACUGUGAUGUAUAAUUGGCUGAGCUCACAUUCCUCUGUGUGUGAGCAAUAGCUGCUGUUUGGUGGUGGGUGUUGGCAAAUACUGGUUUAAGGAUGAAAACAGCCUAGCUGUUAAAUACAAGAAGGAGUGACAUCCUCAUGUCAUCAGGUAAACAGUCAAGUCUGUGUUUUGCUAAAACCUGGCAGAGCUUCAGCAAUGCAUUGGUGUUUGUUGCUGCACCUAGUACUGCUGUGCCCUGUCUUCUUUUUUAUCCCUCUUUUCUCCAGUAAGGGAGAAAACUUAAUUGCAUGGUGGAAGUAUUUAAUGAUACCACCAUGAAUUCAUGGUAUCAUAGCAAGGUGCCAUUAAAUGAAUCAUGCUCAUGGUUGUGACAGGAUAGUCUAGUCUAAGACAAUAUUGCUGGUUUUAAAUUCCUCACUAUCCACUUUAAUCCCUGACAAGAGGAGGUUCUUCGCAACAAAUUUGUAGUUCAACAACCUGCUGGGCUUCUCAGCUCUUGGCUUGGCUGUGAGCUGAGUCCCUAAGGACACCUCCUUGGUGUAUUUAUUGGAAAGUGCUUAUGGUACAAACCCAGUCUUAAAUUCUUGUGAAACAGAAGUUUAGCAGCUGCUAUUUCAUCAUGUUUCAUAUGCACAUUUUAUAUAGUAGCUUCAUAUAUAUUCUUUAUGUUGAUUUUUUGUUUUUAGAUUCUAAUUAAAAUUAUUUAAAAUACUCAUAUUUUGUGCUACCAGAGUAAACUGUGGGGGAAGUUACAUAAUGUCACCUAAAAAAAACAGUGAUACACCAAAAAAUCAUUUUUAAGGGUAUCAUCUGACUGAUUUAUUGAUGGGUACUUUUGUAUCAAAUUUGUCAUCUGUCAAAAUGUAUCUAAAGUGUAAUUUAGACAUUUGAUUCUUAGAUGAACCUUUCUAAGGUGGUCUAAGAGGCCACAUCUGCUUCUGAUUUACUUCCAGACUUGCAAGCAAGAAGGUGGGAGAAUGGAGAGGUCCUACACAGAGCUGCUCCUAAAGGAUAGCAAAUGCAUGGUUUUGUUUCAGACUGUUCCAUGUGUCAAAAAUGUAUUUCCAUGAAGUUUCCAUGAUAGCUUUUGCCCAGAGGUUUCAUUGUCUCUUAAAAUGCUUGCAUUAAUCUUGGUUCCAUUCUUUUCAAUGCAAUUGUGGAAGCAGAGCUUAUCCCCCCUUGGAGCUGGUAUAAUUGUGCUCCUCCACACGCGCCAGGCUCUGUGUGAAGCUGCUAGUGUAGGCUCUGCUACUGCUGUUCCCAAAAAGGUUCUCUCAGAUUCUGUCAACGCUGAACUUAUUUAGGUUUUCAGAUGUGAUCUUGCUAUUGUCUGAGUAGAAUGUGUGCAGUGUAACAUAGAAGUGUCUCUGUGCAGGAUUUAGGAGGAGGCAUGGAAAGCCCCUCAAGCGUGUGUGUGCUUUAUUACAGAAAAUCAAGAUGAAUUUGUAUUGUUGAGUCAUCUGUUAUGGCUGAUUUAAGUUGUACUUUGUUUUCAUGUUUUAAGUGCCUAAUGAUUUUUUGGUCAAGGAGGCAAUGGUUUCACUGUUACAAUGCAUACUUAGAAUUCUGCACUUGUUACCUGUUCAGUAAUAGAAUAUUUUUGCAGUUUCUGUUUGGAAAUAAAGACUUAUUAGGCAUAA